AUGUAAAUUACUACUUUUUCUGAUAUUUAUAUAUUUGAUGAUUUAGUGAAGGCUCAACAACAUAAAAUAAUCGCUCCUGUUUUCCAAAACUAUAAGACAGAAACAUAAGAUUCCCUUAUUUCACCAAAUGGGUAAUUAAUAGCAAUCAUUUUUAACAUGGACCCGAUGCUGAAACAAGACAAAUAAUUCUCUAUUAUAUAAUUAUUCCAUGUAAUAACUGGAGAACAGAGUCACUCAAAAUAAGUGGAUUAAGAAAGUCCCGUCAUCUCUAUUUAAUUUAGCUUCGAUUCAAGCAUAUUUGUUGUAUUGGAUUUCUAACAUCUAAUUAUCUUCAAUGUAGAAGAAAAAAAUAAAAUAUCCAUAAUAAAAUUGAAUAGUAAUGGCAUAAUUUCAAUUGAUUCAGAAAACAAUGUUAUUUUGGGCUCAUCAAAUAAUUAAAUUAUUGUGUAUUCUACAAAAAAUGCAUGUUAAAAAAUUUUGCAAUUUGAUAGAAAAAUAGAUCACCUUCAAAAGUUGGGCCCCGAUAAGGCACUAUAUAUUUUUGGUUGUAAUUAAUACCUUCUUAAUUUGUAAAAUAAUAAAGUACUGCGAAGGUGGAUGAAUCAUGAAUUUGAAAUGAAGGAUUAAAUAAUAAACAAAAAUCUUCUGAUGAUUUAAAUUUGGGAGAAAAAGUUUAGAUCAGUAUAUAUAAAAUUAUAGCAAUCAGGAAGGAUUAUUAGGAAAUACAUUAGAAUUUCUAAUAGAAAGGAGUAUUUUAGAAUAAUUGAGGAUAAAUCAUCAGUUUCAAUAUAGUAAUUUUAUAUUUCCAAAGUAAAAUAGCCGAUAUUGAAUGUUGCAAGGAGUAUAUAUAAGAUUGAAAUGAUUGUUACAAAAUUUGAUUUAAUAUAAGGACGAUAGAGAAAAUAUUAUUUCAAGAUUGAUGAGGAUUAUUAAGAAUAGAUUCCAAUUUAUUUAUUAUAAGAUAAUUAGCUAAAAUAUUAUCUUUUCAUAAUUUGA